AUGGAGUGUCCAGCAGGGUAUGUGCAGGGCAGCGCGGGCUCGACUUCGUGUACGGCGUGUCCUGCAGGCUCGUAUCAGAACACGACCGGGUCGUCUCAGUGUAUGGAGUGUCCAGCAGGGUAUGUGCAGGGCAGCGCGGGCUCGACUUCGUGUACGGCGUGUCCUGCAGGCUCGUAUCAGAACACGACCGGGUCGUCUCAGUGUAUGGAGUGUCCAGCAGGGUAUGUGCAGGGCAGCGCGGGCUCGACUUCGUGUACGGCGUGUCCUGCAGGCUCGUAUCAGAACACGACCGGGUCGUCUCAGUGUAUGGAGUGUCCAGCAGGGUAUGUGCAGGGCAGCGCGGGCUCGACUUCGUGUACGGCGUGUCCUACAGGCUCGUAUCAGAACACGACCGGGUCGUCUCAGUGUAUGGAGUGUCCAGCAGGGUAUGUGCAGGGCAGCGCGGGCUCGACUUCGUGUACGGCGUGUCCUGCAGGCUCGUAUCAGAACACGACCGGGUCGUCUCAGUGUAUGGAGUGUCCAGCAGGGUAUGUGCAGGGCAGCGCGGGCUCGACUUCGUGUACGGCGUGUCCUGCAGGCUCGUAUCAGGGCAGCGCGGGCUCGACUUCGUGUACGGCGUGUCCUGCAGGCUCGUAUCAGAACACGACCGGGUCGUCUCAGUGUAUGGAGUGUCCAGCAGGGUAUGUGCAGGGCAGCGCGGGCUCGACUUCGUGUACGGCGUGUCCUGCAGGCUCGUAUCAGAACACGACCGGGUCGUCUCAGUGUAUGGAGUGUCCAGCAGGGUAUGUGCAGGGCAGCGCGGGCUCGACUUCGUGUACGGCGUGUCCUGCAGGCUCGUAU